GGUGAGCAGGUCUGAAAGACGACAUCUUUACUCCCAGCUGCAACGAGACGAGGCGACAGGAUGUUAUCUAGGUUGCGUGAGCUGAUAUGGGCUGACUGGAUUUGGUUCCCUGAAGGUUUUGGCUGGGCUGACUUAAACAAUGCUGAUGGCAACGUCUUCCCCAAAACGUGGGACCUCUGGGCCACCGUACCCGUCGCUCUCUGCUUCCUAGGUGUUAGACAAAUAUUUGAGCAGACAGUCGGGCUUCCUUUGGCCUCAGUGCUGGGAGUGAAAGACAAACAACUCGUUCAGGCUCCUUUAAAUCCCACCCUGGAGAAACAUUUCAGCACCAAAUCAAAGCAUCCUGAACAGAGCGCCAUAGAGAAUUUAAGUAGACGGACGGGUUGUUCAGUGCGUCAGGUCCAGAGGUGGUUCAGAUGCAGGAGGAACCAGGACCGGCCCAGCAAGCUCAAAAAGUUCCAGGAAGCAAGUUGGAGGUUUAUAUUUUACUUUUUUGCUUUCUUUGCUGGCCUGGCAGUCCUUAUUGAUAAACCCUGGUUUUAUGAUAUGAAGCAAAUGUGGCAAGACUUCCCAAAAAUGCCCCUGUUACCUUCACAGUACUGGUACUACAUGAUCGAGUUGGGCUUCUAUUUGUCACUUGUUUGUAGUGUAGCAUCAGACGUCAAACGGAAGGAUUUCAAGGAGCAAAUAGUUCACCACGUGGCCACCAUCCUCCUCAUCAGUUUCUCCUGGAUGGUCAACUACACCCGGACCGGGACUUUGAUCAUGCUAGUGCACGACGCCUCGGACUAUCUGAUGGAGUUAGCCAAAAUGUUCAACUAUGCACGCUGGAGAAGAACCUGCAACUUCAUCUUCUUUACGUUUGCUGCAGUUUUCAUCUUCACCCGGCUCGUCAUUUUCCCUUUCUGGUAA